AUGGCAUCGCACUUUCCCCUGCUGCGGCUUCUCCCCCCCCCCACCCCUCCCGAGAUUCGAGACACCAUCUACCGAGCCUACCUCCUCGUCGACGAUGGCUACGUCUACAGCUUCGACCGCAACAAGCUGCGAGUCUCGGACGGCCGGCCGAUCGAGCUGAGCCUCGCGUACACCUGCCGCCUCGUCGCCGCUGAGAUGUCCGGCCUCGCGCUCCGCGUCAACACCGUCACCUUUCGUCCCGCCUCAACCGAGUCUAUGCGCACCAGCCUCUGUCGCUUCGAGUACCUCCUCCGCUAUCUGCGCGAGCAGAACCAGGAGUUGAUCAAUCGCACCGCGAGCAAAAUGAGCCCCGAAAUGAUAGAUAAGAUCCGCGAGGACUAUCCUGACUUCUAUCCUCUCUUCGAUGGUGGUUAUGGGGCGAGCGGGAGCAGGGCGAUGACGACCCGCCUUUUUGGCGCGACGGUGGUGUGCAAAAUGUUUUGA